AUGAGCACUAAAUGUUUGGAUGUAAUGACUAUAUUGUGUGCAACAAAUGUGGGGACAGUUUGAGCAGAGGUUUGACUGUAAAGGGAGUGAUCUUUGAGGUGAACGCCAUUUGCAUUGAAGACAAAACACAUACAAAACAAGUGAUUCAUUAAAUCUCUGAUAACUCUGAUUGAGUGCUUGUGUUGACCAUCGAGUGAGACAUCCAUUGAAUGAUCACUAGAUUUGAAUGACUACUUGUCUUAGAGAGAGUGAUAUGAAGUGAUGUCAUAUUCAGUGACCACUGAAGGCAUAACUCAAUCGCGACCGCAACUCAACCCAUCGUUACCACAGUUACCACAGCGUCCGUCACAUCCAACACAUCCCAACGCAAUGCCGGUCUCCGCGCCCAACGAGAAGACCAUAUUAUGGCAGCAAAACCAAUACAUGGACUCCGGUAUCCAUUCCGGGGCCACAACUCAGGCGCCGUCACUGACCGGUCGGGAGGAAGACCUGGAGUCGGAUGCGAUGGCCUUUGAUUGGGACCCGAACUUCGGUCAGGCGUUUACCGACGAAGCGGUGGAUGAGAUGAACCAACAGCUGAAUCAGACGCGUUCGCAGAGAGUGAGGGCCGCUAUGUUUCCCGAGACACUGGACGAGGGAAUGGAGAUCCCGUCCACACAGUUUGACUCAACACAACCCACAGCUGUUCAGCGGCUGUCAGAGCCGUCGCAGAUGUUGAAACACGCGGUCGUGAAUCUGAUCAACUAUCAGGACGACGCAGAUCUGGCCACUCGUGCCAUCCCUGAGCUGAUCAAACUGCUGAACGAUGAGGACCAGGUGGUGGUCGGACAGGCGGCUAUGAUGGUCCACCAGCUCUCCAAGAAGGAGGCCUCGAGACACGCCAUCAUGAACUCACCCCAAAUGGUGGCCGCACUCGUCAAAGCCAUGUCUCAGUCCAACGACUUGGAGACCACCAAAUGCGCGGCCGGUGUCCUCCACAACCUCUCGCAACACAAACAGGGAUUACUCGCUAUCUUCAAGUCCGGCGGAAUCGCGGCUCUCGUGAAGCUCUUGAGCUCUCCCGUGGAGUCUGUGCUCUUCUACGCGAUUACGACUCUUCAUAAUCUACUCCUACAUCAGGAGGGAUCCAAAAUGGGUGUCAGACUCGCCGGUGGACUCCAGAAGAUGGUCGCACUCUUGCAGAGGAAUAACGUUAAGUUUUUGGCCAUUGUUACCGAUUGUCUUCAGAUCCUGGCGUACGGUAAUCAAGAGGGAAAACUCAUUAUUCUGGCGUCUGGAGGACCCGCAGAAUUGGUCCGAAUUAUGACCCGAUUUACUUACGAGAAGCUCUUGUGGACCACUUCCCGAGUUCUCAAAGUGUUGUCCGUCUGUCCGAGCAAUAAGCCGGCGAUCAUCCAAUCGGGAGGUAUGCAGGCGUUGGCCACACAUCUAACCCAUCAGAAUCACAAACUCGUUCUGAACUGUUUGUGGACACUUCGCAAUCUGUCGGACGCGGCCACCAAUCAGAACAAUCUUCAGCCUUUAAUGCAGAGCUUAGUUCAGUUGUUGAACACAUCGGACAUAAAUGUGGUGACGUGUGCGGCGGGUAUACUGUCUAACUUGACGUGCAAUAACCAGAACAACAAGACUAUUGUCUGUCAAGUGGGAGGUAUUGAGGGUUUGGUUCGCACUAUAAUACAAGCGGGAGAUCACGAAGAGAUCACUGAACCGGCGGUUUGUGCGCUCAGGCACUUGACGUGCAGACACGCCGAGUCAGAAAUGGCUCAAAACGCUGUUCGACAUCACUAUGGCUUACAAGUGAUCAGUAAACUCUUGAACCUUCCGAGCCGUUGGCCACUAAUUAAAGCGGUGAUCGGUUUGAUCCGCAAUUUGGCACUUUGUUCAGCCAAUCACGAGCCGCUCCGAACUCACGGCACAAUUCCACGACUCGUUCAGCUGUUGUCCAAAGCAUAUCAAGAGACUGGACAGCGAUCGAGCGUUGCAUCCAAUGGCAGCCAAUCGAGUGCUUUCACUGAUGGCGUCCGAAUGGAAGAGAUUGUUGAGGGAACCGUUGGAGCUCUUCAUACCUUAGCUAAAGAUGUCCACAAUCGGGCUGUCAUUCGCAGUCUCAAUGUUAUUCCCAUUUUCGUGAAGUUGUUGUACAGCGAAGUGGAAAACAUUCAACGCGUGGCCGUAGGGGUGCUCUGCGAACUCGCCAAUGAUAAAGAAGGUGCUGAGAUGAUCGAAGCACAAGACGCCACAUCUCCUCUUACAGAACUAUUACAGUCUCGUAACGACGGAGUGGCCACUUAUGCGGCGGCUGUGCUCUACAGCAUGUCUCAGGACAAGUCCCAAGACUACAAAAAGCGUCUUUCGAUGGAAUUGUCGAAUUCCUUAUUUCGUGAAGACGGCGCCAAUUGGGGACCAACUAAUGCUGACAUCGAUAUGGGAAUGUUGGCCGCAGACGACACCUUUCACGACCCCAUAUACCACGGAAGUCAGGGACCCUCUAGUGUUCACUCGACCGGCAGUCGUCACAAUCCAUACCAUACGGGAACAUAUGAUACACAAGGACUCGACCCUAUGGGCCCACACGGAGGUUAUGUUCAUUCAGUGAUGUCUACAAUGGAUGCCCCGAUGGAUAUGGGAGAACCAACUGAUCUCAACUUUGAUGCGCUCGAAGGGGCCCUCAAUCCUAUGCCUCCACACCCGCAGCAACAACAGCAACAACAACAAGGAAUGACAGGACCUGUCAAUGCUUGGUAUGACACCGAUCUCUGAACAAAUGAUACCAAAUGAAAACAAAUACGUGUUUCCCAACUCUAUUACAACUACUAAACGUUUGGUCAUAAAACGAAUCGUGUUUUAAAAACAUUAUAAU